AUGAAGUUGGCAGCAGUGCCGCGCUCACGCAGUGCAGCCUACUGCCGCCGGGUGGCAGCACGAGUGGGCGCGCUGCCGGCGACGGCGAGCGCAGGCUGUCAGUGCCCCAUGAAUGAAAGGUGCGUGCGGUCGGGCGGUGGACGCCCAGCAGCCCGCCCGCAGCGGCUUAAGACGAAUUGUGGCUGCGGCGGGCGCGACGCUGCUCUGUGCGUGGGCGGUGCGGGGGCGGAGAGCCGGACCCAGGCGGCAGCCUCCCGUUGCCUAGCGACGCCGCCAACCCCUCCCGCCCCACCUCUGAACCCCCCGCCCCGGCCCCCUUUCCCCCCUGCAGUGUCCAGCCUGCCGACUGCUGCAGCUCUUCCCAAAUGUCCAGAUGGUACUACUACCUGCUCACAACUGCUCGCACGCCCUCCAUAG